UGUGACUCCCUGUCAGUCCCUUUUAGGAAGGACUUGGCUUCCUUUUCCUCCUGUUGGUGUGUCAGUUUGCUGGGCUGCCGUGACGGAGCCCCACAGACUGGGUGGCCUGAACGGCAGAAGUUGACUUUCCCACAGUCGGGAGGUGGCAGUCUGACAUGGAGCUGCCGGUCUCUCCCCCUGGACUGCAGAUACUGGGCUAACCUCAAGCUGUGGUUCAAGCAGAAGAUCAGCAAAGAGGAGUUCGACCUGGAAGCUCAUAGACUUCUCACGCAGGAUAAUGUCCAUUCUCACAAUGACUUCCUCCUGGCCAUCCUCACGCGUUGUCAGAUUUUGGUGUCUACACCAGAGGGUGCUGGAUCUCUGCCCUGGACAGGGGGUUCUGCAGCCAAACCUGGGAAACCGAAGGGAAAGAAAAAACUUUCUUCUGUUCGUCAGAAAUUUGACCAUAGAUUCCAGCCUCAAAAUCCCCUCUCGGGAGCCCAGCAGUUUGUGGCAAAGGAUCCUCAAGAUGACGAUGACUUGAAACUUUGUUCCCACACGAUGAUGCUUCCGACCCGGGGCCAGCUGGAAGGGAGAAUGAUAGUGACGGCGUACGAGCACGGGCUGGACAACGUCACCGAGGAGGCCGUCUCGGCUGUGGUCUAUGCUGUGGAGAAUCACCUUAAAGAUAUAUUGACAUCAGUUGUGUCAAGAAGGAAAGCCUAUCGGUUACGUGAUGGUCAUUUUAAGUAUGCCUUUGGUAGCAAUGUGACCCCACAGCCAUACCUGAAGAAUAGCGUAGUAGCUUACAACAGCUUAAUAGAAAGCCCUCCAGCCUUUUCUGCUCCCUGUGCUGGUCAGAAUCCAGCGUCUCACCCGCCCCCUGACGAUGCUGAGCAGCAGGCCGCACUCCUGCUAGCCUGCUCUGGGGACACGCUGCCUGCAUCUUUGCCUCCAGUGAACAUGUACGACCUUUUUGAAGCUUUGCAGGUCCACAGGGAAGUCAUUCCUACACACACUGUGUAUGCUCUCAACAUUGAGAGGGUCAUCAUGAAACUCUGGCACCCAAACCACGAGGAGCUGCAGCAAGACAAGGUCCACCGCCAGCGCUUGGCAGCCAAGGAGGGGCUUUUGCUCUGCUGAAUUAGGAUUUGAGGGGUGAGACCCUCUGCAAAUUCAGUGAUUAUUGAGAAUCGAAUGUUCUUUGGGUCCACAUUUCAAGACUGAAGUGUGCAGUGUGAAUAGGACCUUUCCUAUGGAAACGUGACACUGAGUAUGUAUUGUGUGGCUACUGUGAAGCCAUUCAUAUCAGUCCGAAUUUAAUAAUCUGUGUGUGUGUUUGUGUGUGUGUGUGUGUUUCCAGUUACGGGAGUUGGCACUGAUGGGAUUCUGUGCCUGGAAUGGAGAUGUUCAGGCAUCUGAGGCUUAGUGUCCCAUGGUCUGCGUGUGAGGGAGAUGACAUCCUAGAACAAAGAAGCUAUUAUAACGUAGUCCCCAUGAUCAGCAGGACAUCUGUGUGUUCAGUGACUUCACAUAUUCUGUAUCUGGCAAGUCUAAAAUUUCUGCCUUUCUCCUCAAGAGCUGUGCUCUUGAAUUUUGGUUGAAAUAAACCUACAGUGUUAGAAAUUAGAUAGCUCCUUUAGUAACCAGUUUAAUUUUUAACCAAUACAGGUAGCUCUCUAAAAAGUCAGUACAACUCCAUAGAAAAUAUGACUUAGAGAUGCUGUGCUAUUAGACAAAAUGAAGUCCUUUGUGUGCAUUAGGAACCCAAAUCAAAACAAACAACCUUCUUGGAUUGAGAUUAAUUAACCUUAUGUCUUCUCAUAACUCAAGCUUCUUUGAUAGAGUUACUACAUCUGAAGACUUUGGCAGGUUCAUUUAUUAAUUACUCCUAUAGAAUAUGUUUUAUGAAGUCCAUGUAAAAAUAUUGGAUCUAUACUUGGUAAUUCCCCUAUUCCCAUGAAAUAUCAUGUUUCUAUCCUUUCAAAUGAUGAAGUGAAAAUAAUUUACAUUUGACAGUGUUACUAAUAACCGAGUUUGGUUUUUUAGAGAUGUUGCUUUUUACUCAAGAGAUCAUGUUCGUGGAUCUGUUAGAAUGUACAGAUGGGUUUGUGUAGGUCUAAAUAAUAUAUGUAUAGAUAUGUACAUGUGGUCUAAUAUCUGGAUCUGUGUAUUUGAUUUUGUACUUUAAAUGUGAUAAAUAAACCUUUUGGG